GUUUUCACCUUUAAAACUCUCUCUCACACACACUAAACACUGUUGAUAUUUACACAUAAUCCUCUCUAUUUUUUCCAUGCAUUCUUGAACUUGAAUGGGAGCAAAAUAGAGUUGGUGGGGGUUUCACUGGGAAUUCAAUUCCUUUUCAACCAGAAUCAUCAAGAAACUAUGGAUAAUUUUGAAAAAGAUGGGGUUCCUGUGCUGUCAGAAACACAUGUACAAGUAUCUGAUAAACUCAUCGAUUAUAAUUUCCGGAGGCCUGUAUCAAGGACAAAGAAUGUAGCAAUUUCUAUUCCCAUGAUAUCCAUGGAGUCACAUCAGAAUGAAAGUAGUCUUAAGGAACACACUAGCCCAUUAUGUAGUGAGAGGAAAAAUCCCUUGAUGCAGAUGAGUAAUCCGCUAUAUGGUACUCAUGGAACUAGAAAUCUUUUGCAGCAGACAAUGGUUGUGAAAGAAAACAAAGUAUCAGAGAGAAAGACAGAAAAAAAUUAUACUUUCCACGGCACAGGUGAGCGGCACUGGAAUAGUAACAGCCCUGAUAAGAAAAAUGAACACUUGUGGAAGUCAGGGGAACUGGGAAUGUGUGAUGAUCCUUAUUGCACUACUUGUCCCACUGACUUCAAGGCUUCUAGGCGAAGAAACUCAAAAGUUUCCACUGUAUUUGAUCCCAAGUUCCGCAGUUCUCUUUAUGGUGAAGCCAAGGGUUUUGGGAAAAAACUUACGUCUUUUUUCUCGUCAUGUAUUCCCGGAGUAAUGAACCCUCACACUAAAGUGGUACAAAAAUGGAACAAAUUUUUCGCCAUCUUUUGCCUGGUGGCAAUUUUUGUGGAUCCAUUGUUCUUUUUCUUAAUCUAUGUGCAGCAGGACUAUAAAUGUAUUCUUAUCAACUGGAAAAUUGCAGAAACACUAAUUUUACUCAGAACCAUAAAUGAUUUUGUAUACUUCUUGAAAAUUCUUCUCCAGUUUAGGUUGGCCUAUAUUUCUCCUGAGUCAAGGGUGGUUGGUGCUGGAGAUUUAGUUGAUGAUCCUAAGAAAAUUGUUGUCCAUUACUUGAAGGGUUAUUUUAUUCUUGACUUGUUUGUUGUCUUGCCUCUUCCUCAGAUAAUGAUACUAUCCAUCUUACCAAGGAACUUGGGGUCAUCGGGAGCAAAUUAUGCUAAGAAUCUUUUGCGUGCAGUGAUACUUGUGCAGUAUAUUCCCAGGCUAUUUAGGGUUCUGCCUCUGCUAAAUGGCCAGUCUCCAACAGGAUUCCUAUUUGAGUCAUCAUGGGCAAAUUUCAUUAUAAAUCUUCUCAUGUAUAUGCUUGCUAGCCAUGUUGUUGGCUCUUGCUGGUACCUCUUAGGUCUACAAAGGGUUAAUCAAUGUUUACGAGAUGCCUGCAGUAAGUCUAAUAUUAGUGGAUGCAUUAAAGUCAUUGAUUGUGGUAAAGGUCAUAUUGGAUAUAGCCAGUCUGGCCCAACACCAGUUGUGUGGAACAACAAUGCAGAUGCCAUUGCUUGUUUGAAGCCCUCUCCUAGUGGAUUUGAUUAUGGGAUCUACGUCAAUGCAGUACCACUUACUAUAGAAACUAAUUUGGUGAAAAAAUAUGUGUACUCUCUUUUUUGGGGAUUCCAGCAAAUCAGUACCCUAGCUGGUAGCCUAACCCCAAGCUAUUUUGUUUGGGAAGUCCUUUUUGCAAUGGGCAUCAUAGGGCUAGGACUCUUGCUUUUUGCACUUCUUAUCGGGAACAUACAGAAUUUUCUUCAAGGUCUUGGACAGAGGAGGCUAGAAAUGCUACUAAGAGCCCGCGAUGUUGAGCAAUGGAUGAGGCAUCGUCGCAUUCCAGAAGAUUUAAGAAGGAGAGUACGGCAGGCUGAACGGUAUAGUUGGGUGGCAACAAGGGGAGCGAAUGAAGAAACACUUCUUGAGAAUUUGCCAGAAGAUUUACAGAUCGACAUAAGGCGUCAUCUCUUCAAAUUUGUUAAGAAAAUUCGAAUUUUCUCCCUAAUGGAUGAGCCUAUCUUAGAUGCCAUUUGUGAGAGACUAAGACAGAAGACAUACAUCAAUGGAAGUAGAAUCUUGAGCCAGGGUGGUAUAGUGGAGAAGAUGGUCUUUAUUGUGCGCGGAAAAUUAGAGAGCAUUGGAGAAGAUGGAAUUCGAGUUCCGUUAUCUGAAGGGGAUGCUUGUGGUGAAGAACUCCUCACAUGGUAUCUUGAACAUUCUUCUGUAAGCACAGAUGGUAAAAAGGUAAGGCUUCCAGGACAAAGGUUGCUUAGUAGCAGAACAGUGAAGUGCCUAACAAAUGUGGAGGCUUUUUCACUCCGAGCUACAGAUCUUGAAGAAGUCACAACCCUUUUCAUGAGAACCUUGCGGAGUCUACGUUUUCAAGGACCUCUAAGGUAUGAAUCCCCAUAUUGGAGAUCCCUUGCAGCAACUCGAAUUCAGGUUGCAUGGAGAUACAGGAAAAAACGUUUAAGUCUUGCUGAUACCUCAUAAUCAAUUCAAACAUUGAAGUCAAUUGUGGCAGGUUGGAGAGUCCAAGGGAAGGAGGAAGCCAUGGCAUUCCAACUUUGUAAUUUUUUUGUACACUAUAUUAAAAUAAGUAUACAUUUCCUUGCUGAUAUCUAUCUCUUUAACAUCGAGAUUCGAGACUAAGUAGGAAUUUUCAAUAACUCAAUAAAGGAAAUUUAAUCUUCAUAAAAAAUUGAAGAUUUAUGCA